AUGGCUAAAAAGAAGACUCUUAAGCAGCAGGACUUCCAGAAGAAAAAGCUCAAAGUUGGUAAGCCCAAGCAAGCUGCAAGCAAUGCAACCGAUACCUCUUUCACGGCACGGAUGAUAUCGCUGCCGAACCAGCCAAAAAUCAAGACACCUGGGUUGAGCAAUAAUACUUCGGACAAUGGCAGUCAGCGGAUGGAAGCGGAUAUUUUGAAACGGCUUUCGCUCUGUAAGCACCACAGUGCGACGACAAGGAAGGAAACCUUGGUAUAUUUCAAACAAGCGGUACCGAAGAUUAUCAAUACGAAAUGUAUCACUCCGAUGUUAAACAGUUGUCUGCCGUUGAUAUGCGACGACGACGCACAAGUGAGAAAUGCUUUGUUGGAACUUUUUGAUGAGAUAGGGCAGCAUGACCAGAAUGUUUUGCGGUUGCACAGUCGAGCCUUGGUACUGUUUAUUAACAGCGGAAUGACACACAUUGUUCCGGCAGUUCAGCGCGACUCAGGAAAGUUUUUGAAGUGCGCAGUCCGCUACUGCGGGGACGAGUUGGUGCGCAAUUCGUGGGUGAAGAUGCUGAAGGGGCUUUUUGGGGUUCUGGGGUGGGCCGUCGACGUCUCCAGAACCAAUAACAGUGUCAGCAUGGGUGUGAAGAGUGCCAGUGUAGUCAGUAUGAAUAGUGCUAAGGCCAAGAGGGCCCAAAAAGUCAACCUCGAAACGCUACUAGAUUUCGUUCAGUGUGGAUGUAUUGAGCCGACGCCCGAUGCUACCCUUGAAUCGCAACAGGCGCCCUCUGCGUUCGAUAAGUACAUUAUCCCGAAUGUGCCUCAACCAUUCCAGCAUCUAAAACUUUUUGUCAAGGAACUGAAGAAUGAAAAGGCGGGGAAAGGAUCCAAGCUUGACGAACUCGCGAAUGUCUCGCUGCAAGAUUAUCCUGCAAGGCGUGAGGUCCUGGUUGAGCAUUUUUUGGAACCCAUGCUGCAGAACACAUCAAGUUUGAUAGCUGAUGGCGGAGACAGCGGAAAAGUUGCAAACUCUUUGCAAGACACCCUGCACACCAUCAAGCAGUUGCAUGAAUCGUAG